ACGAGACGACUGAACAUCCGCUUCACUGCAGAUUUUGCCACAAAUUUUUUGGAGACCGAUCCAGAAGCUUUUGGCAGUUCCAUCUAUUGUCAAAACCCAGAAAUAAGCAAUACUCUACAACCAUGACAGACAUAGAUUCUGAGUGGUCAAAAGACUUGUCGGACCAACUGAACAGUGGACCCGUCGUCGGUGCUUCUGUGACGGUUGCCUCCAAGGACAAAGUGGUCUCGACCAGGUAUAGCAGAGCCAAUCAACUUCGUCAAAAGCUUGCGAAUGUACAAGUUAUGAAACAAACCAUGAAGAUUUAUCAACGCCAAGUGUCGGAGAAGGAGAUCAUGGAGCCCUGUCUCCGUGAAGACGUUACUGUGUUGAUGGCUUCUUUGACGGAGUUUGAGGAUGUCAUGAAGCGUUUGCAUAUGGCUAAACACGGUGGCAACAGGAAAACAGUCGUCCGCACUUUCUCUGGUUACCAUCGAAUCAACAGCAACAAAGAUAGCGGAAUGGUGAAAAGAGUUCGAAGCACUCCCACCUUGCGGCGUACCGGUACCGCUGUCCAGCCAUGAUUUUGAUUGAGCCGAAUUCUUACCAUGCGCAUGGAGUGUUCCCAACUUCACUAAGUGAACUUUUAAAAUUAAGCUAAGAGGAUGUUAUACUUCGUCUCUCUGUAAGCAAAAGAAACGCCAAUACAACCAUAAAGUGCUGUGAUCGUAUAUGUUUGUUGACCUUGAGUCGAGUCAAGUCUUCC